CCGGGCGGCCAUCCCGGCAGGCGGCGGGGUCGGUGCCUCACUCGGCCUCUCUUGAGGCCCGGCCCGGCGCUCUGGUGCGGGAGCCGAGGGAAGGCGGCGAUGUCCGGGCGGCCUUCUGCCCCCUCGGCGCGGCCCCUCAGCCCGGCGGCGGCAGGAACGAAAGCCGCCAUUCCCGCGGUCAGACCGCGGCCUUGUCACAGACAAAUUAGGAACCGGGUAAUAAAGGAGUGAAGAACACGGUUCUUCACAUAUGACCCGUGAAUCCUUGCCCAUCCCGUCCGCCCGGAGUGGUUUUGGGAGCUGAAGGAGGUGGGUGUCUGUGCUGGAGUCCGGCAGACCACAGGCUAAGUCUUGAAAACAUGAUUCCUGCAACUGUUCACACUGUCCUGAGUGCUCUGUAUUUAUGCUGCCACAGAAAGAACUGGUUACACUCGGAGGAGAAACACUAAGGACUGAAAUGCGCUUCCAGCUAAAGUAUCCUCAUCAUGAAUAGGUACACUACUAUCAGACAGCUUGGUGAUGGGACCUACGGCUCUGUCCUCCUAGGGAGAAGCAUUGAAUCUGGAGAGCUAAUAGCCAUUAAAAAAAUGAAGAGAAAGUUUUAUUCCUGGGAAGAAUGCAUGAACCUUCGAGAGGUUAAGUCUUUGAAGAAAUUAAACCAUGCCAAUGUAGUAAAGCUGAAAGAAGUUAUCAGGGAAAAUGAUCAUCUGUAUUUUGUGUUUGAAUACAUGAAGGAAAAUCUUUAUCAGUUAAUGAAAGAAAGAAGCAAGCUGUUUCCUGAGUCUACAGUUAGGAAUAUUAUGUAUCAGAUCCUGCAAGGGCUUGCAUUUAUCCAUAAGCAUGGGUUCUUUCACAGAGACUUAAAACCCGAAAACCUCCUUUGCAUGGGACCAGAACUUGUGAAAAUAGCAGACUUUGGCUUAGCCCGAGAAAUCAGAUCUAGACCUCCUUACACCGACUAUGUAUCCACAAGAUGGUACAGGGCUCCUGAAGUCCUUCUGAGAUCCACCAGCUAUAGUUCUCCAAUAGAUAUUUGGGCUGUUGGUUGUAUAAUGGCAGAAGUUUACACACUGAGGCCUCUCUUCCCAGGCGCCAGUGAAAUUGAUACUAUAUUCAAAAUUUGCCAAGUCUUGGGGACACCAAAGAAGAACGACUGGCCUGAAGGCUACCAACUUUCAGCGUCCAUGAAUUUUCGCUGGCCUCAGUGUGUACCUAACAACCUAAAAACCCUCAUACCUAAUGCUAGCAGCGAAGCGGUGCAGCUCAUGAGAGACAUGCUCCAGUGGGACCCCAAAAAGCGGCCAACAGCUAGUCAGGCACUUCGAUAUCCAUACUUCCAGGUUGGGCAUGCCCUGGGCGUUCAGGAACUGGGGAAACAAAAGGAACUGCUUAAUAAAUCAUCUCUGCAUAUUAAGCCUGUCCCUCCAGCACAACCCCCUCCGAAACCUCACGCCCGCAUUUCGUCAAGGCCUUUUCAACAAAACCAGUCUUCUCAGCACUCGGUGUACCCAUAUAAGACAGACAACUCUGGAGCUGAGCACAGUAACUACCUACAGGAGGACAAGUCUAACCAGGUUCUUCUGCCUGCAAUUCACAAUAAGGUUCCUCAGCAGAAAACAUCUUCUGGGACUGAGAAUAUAAAUGGUGAGCUUAAGCCAAAAACUAGGCGAAGAUGGGGACAUCUUGCUAGAACAGUGAAGAGUUCAGAAGACUGGGAUGACUUGGAAGACCUUGAUUUCAGCUCUUCCAUCACAAAGAUGGACUUGAAAAACAACAAGAGGCAGAGCGAUGAAACUCUCUGUAGAUUUGAAAGCAUUUUGGACCUGAAGCCUUCGGAUGCUGUAGGCUCUGGCAGCAGUGCACCUUCCCAUGCGACCUUUCCACAGCAGGACACUCCCACGUUGCGAGUUUCUGCAGCAAAGCAACACUACUUGAGACAUUCUAGGUAUCUACCUGGAAUAAGCACAAGGAAUAGCAUAGUCUCCACUUCAAACAAAGAGUCUGUUCCAUCUAAUCCCUGGCCCAGUUCCGGUUUGCCGGGGAAAACUUCUGUUUUGGGAGGAAGUAUUAACAGGAUGAAUUCAGGGCCCGUAGGAUCAAGCGGUGUAACUAGUGCUUAUAUCCCUUCAUUUCUGAAGAAGGAAGUCGGCUCUGCUGGGCAGAGGGUUCAGUUAGCACCAGUUGUGGAUCCGUCUUCUAAUUAUGCUUCUCUGAAGUCAGUAAGACCCCAUCUUGGACGGCCAUUGUUCAAUUCGCCUCCGAAAAGCACACCAAGGUUAAUGCCUCUCCCGCCACCAGCUCAGCCGAUCCACGGCCGUGUUGACUGGUCUGCGAAGUACGGUGCUCACCGGUGAGGUGUGGAAAUACUCGGAACCAGUGCGUGUUCCCCAUGAAAUGGUGGCUAACAUGAGACAAUUUGAUACUGUUUUGUGUACCUGUAAAUUUAAAAGAAACAGAUCUUCUAUGAGUGAGACAUUUUGAAGGGUUUAGGGGUUUUUUACUUUUAUUAAUUUGAAUGCAAUCUUGUACCUUUUUGUAUAAAAUUGUUUUGUUAUAUAAUUGGGUCCAGUUAUUUUCAUAAAUCUGAUAAAUUUUGUAUAUAUGGCUUAGGGGGUUUGGCAUUUUUAUACAACAAAUUUUUAUAACAAACUUUUUUAAAGAUUAACUUUUCCUUUAUUAGAUUCAACUUUUUUAUAGAAGUGGAUAAGAAAAGCAAAGUGGUGCAAUAUUGCAGUGGAAGAGAAGUACUGAGGAAGGGGCAUUCAUUAGACAUUUUUCUGAAGCUUAUGUGCUAAAUGAGGCUGUAUAAUUUCAGUGAUGCCACGUCUUGAUGCCACCACGCUUCUGUUGUCCUGUACUCAUUUGCUUUGUACUGUCAUCAAAGGACCGAGUGACUAACAGUCUAAACUCCCCUUUGCAGUCCCUGAGACACUGCGGAACGUCAGUGGGAGGCUAUUUUUUUAAUUUAUUUUUGCCUUUACAAGGUUUUUGUUGGACUGCUGUCCAGUUUUCCAGCUCCAUUCUUUUGCUUUUACCAAAUUUGGGGAAUGUUCUUGUUUGGUGAAGGGUGAAUGCAGAUCUGUUUCCUGACACAGCGCUCUCUUGUCCUGCUUCAGAGUUGCUUUUUGGCAUUGUUCUCUAUGAAAUAGAAUGUGGACCUACCUCUGUUAAAUUCAUUUGAAUUUUCUAAUGAUUUCUAAGGAGAAAAAUCAGAUUCUGCUGCUUCCUUUUGUGUUAUAUUUGGGAAUAUAAGAUCUGAAGACACGUUUAAGACAGUAUUAACAAUUAUAAAGCUGGUUUCAGAGUAACAAAGUAUUAGUGAUAUGCCAGCAGCAGAGUUUAAGGAAAGAGUAUCUAUGCAGCUGCCUUAAUUUUUGCAACUGUUUUAAAUCUCUUCUGGAAAAAAAUAAUCCAGAGGAAAUGAGUCAGUUUAAGCUUACUUCGGUUUUUCUUCACUUCAAUACAUCUUCGCCUACAUUGCGAAGAAUAUGUCAGCUUCUGUAAAUUAAGCCCCCAGGCUCUGCUGGGAAACUUGGGACCUUACCUGGUCCUGCUAAAAAAACAUUCUAAAAUUGUGGUUGAUUUCACAGAAAGUGAUGCAGCUCUUUGAAGAGCAGUUUAACUGGGUUUAUAAGAGAAAAUGAAUUAUCGGGUUAUCAAGAAAAGAAAAUAGCCCCUUAGUCUGGCUUAAUUCUGCACUGGAAAGGAGCGCCGGGGUCCAGCCAUCAGCAAAAGACUGAGAUCACGGUCGGCAUUUGGGUGUUCCUGCACCUCGUUCCACAGAAGGAAGCUAGAACAGUGCAGUGCUGUGGGAGAGUGUCUUUUACAGCUGUGUUUUGGAACAGCACCACCAAAGCUGAAGUGCACAGAAAUGCUCACCUUUUGGGAACCCUCACCAGAGCUCAUUUUAUGAACAGCUCAGGCAAAUCUUGUAUUUAUGAGACUUAAGUCCAGUCUAAAGGGAUCAGAGCAGGUAUGGUUCUCAGCAUCCGGCUGUUUUCAAGGAGCUGAAUGUCAGUGAGAUCCUCCCUGUGGGAUCUGCCAGCACUACCACGGGGCAGCCGCUGUGGACUGCAGCCUGCAGGUGACACCCGCUGGCCUUUUCCAUACUUCCCAUGGAGAAGAUGCAGGAAUUCAGGGGAACGGUACCCUAGAGUAGGCUGCUGGCUCAGCGCUACAGGGGGAGCCAUGAGGAGCACUGGUCACUGCUUUUACAGACUCAGUCCACAGUGAGACACUACAAGACAAAAAGGGAGCAGAAGAGUCUGUGCAUUAAAAAAAAGUACACAUAUAAGACUUACACGUGCCAAGGACAUGUUAUGUGUCCAGCUACUCCGUCAUUUGUUCAUAGCAAGGACUAACUCCAUACCUAACUGCUUCCGAGCCGUGAUGCCAAAGCACAGCAGUAAAAUAAAACAGCCAUUCAGUUUCUAAAGCACACGCUGAUGGCGUCUUUGGGUAAGUGGAAAGGGAAAUGUGUAUAUUUGUGUUAGAACUGGAAAGAUAGUUGUUUCUUUUGGUGGAAAUAAAUAUCUGUAUUUAUGUCUAGAUACCAUUUAAUUUAUUUUAUCACUGAAUAAUCGGUCUCAAUUAUAAUCAUUGGUUUCCUGAAUCUAUCCUAAGUAUCCCUAGACCUAAGUAGGCAAUUUAACUAGUCUGUACUGUACCCUUAAUUCCUACUAGUGGAAGCAGGAGACGAACAAGUCACAAGAAGGGGCUGCUGAGGCUUGGAAUCAUCCUACCCAACUGCAGGCAGCUAAGCGUGAGCUCCUUCGUUGUGAGCUGACUCUAAACCAGCGGUGAGUGAGAAUCACCUCAAGAGAAAUUCGGCUCACUGACAACUGAGUAGCCCUCUGGAGAUGCCACGGUCUCUCCACUAAGGAUGGGGACUACUCAGUGUGUUUCAAAUUACUUGAAUUACUUGUAUUACACAGGAUGAAUCUGAACGUGGCCUGUAAUCUCUGAGCCUUCAUCAGCCCUGCAGUGAUGUUCGUGACUAUCGCGUUCAGGUUUUGGUCAGUCCAGCGAAAAGAUUAGAAAAAGAAGUAGUCCUAAAUUAAAGCCUUUAUUUUUGGGAAAAAAAGCUAAUAAUCUUGAUAUUCAGAAUCACUUCUGCCAGUUUAACUUAGUGGGACAGAAAAUUUGCUAAGUAGAAGUGUAACGGCAGUGAUCUUGUAGCCUUUACUCAAGUAAAUUCCUACUGAAGUUGGAAAAAGUUCUUUUUUGAGUAAGGACUGAGUUGACUGAGCUGUGUAUUUUACUGUGCCGUCUCAGUGUGCAAUACGGAUAUGGAAAAGAUGUAGGUCUUUAUUAUACUGAAAUACGGACGAGCCGCGUAUCUGAGAAUUUAUCAUAUGUAACCUACUACUUUGUGUUUUAAUAUUUAGCAUCUUUAUGAAAAAUGUUUUUAGAAUCCUACUGUUUACAUUUUCUCAGGCUUUUACGUAUAUCAUGUAAUAAUGACCGUUGGAAAUAAAGGAGCCUGACAGUGGACUUGUUCACCUCCGUAAUCCAGAUUUUCAUAAAAGUCUCAUGUAAGUGCCAUGAUAGCCAAAAAAAACCAACCCGGAAAACCCACUUCCAUGGUAUUUCUGUAUCUAAUAUGGCUGUUGAUGCGAAUAGGACGUUCCAUAAAGUGAGGGGGAAAACAUAUUGAAAGAACAUUUUUGAACUUGUCUGGAAGGAGAGUGUGGAAUUGUCAGGGUGAGUAAAAUCUUAAAGAGAUAACGAACAGUUCUUGUUUAUUCAGUGUUUUAAUUCAAAAAUGUUAUAAAUGUUUGUUUCAUUCCUUCUGUGUCAAAUCUGCCCAGAAUAAAGUUGCUCUUGAAGAAAUA